AUGUUUCCAGAUACAAACUCACUACUCUGCAGCUAUGGAAAUGAGGAAACACCUGUCGCGGAUCUACGACAGCUACGAUAUUUCCAGCCAAAUAUGCAUGCGUUGAUGGUGAUGGGACAGUUCCAGCAGAAUCAGCAGAAAGGCCAAUGGUAA